AUGACGAGACACAGUAAAUCAGUCAAUCAACUUGAAUUCAAUCAAGACAAUGUAAUAGCACUACUUCAUCAUUGUGGACUUGGUUAUGACUGGGCUACAGAGAUUUGGAAAAGAUUGGAUAAUAAUGGAGUUGGUUGUUUUGAUCAUGUAUCAGUUAUCUUUUACCAUGCUGAACACCUCGACCUCAAAAGAGCCAUAUUUCAAGGAAUAUUAAAUCUUGGACACCAACUAGAGUUGGCCAAGUUACUCCCUCAACCUUCUUUUAAACCUGUUAUUACACAUGAUAGAAAAUAUAUUCUUGCUGUAAUUGAGGAUCAUAUCGAUUCAAAUAUUCAAAACUCCAAGAGUAUGAUGAGACAGGAUCAUCACUUUUUGUAUAUAGUCAAUGGACGUGGAAUGGGUAAAACAAUGACUGGAUUUCGUACUUCCAACUUUAUGUUAGAGUCUCCAAAGUAUCAACAAUUUACAAGAUAUAGUAUUUAUAUUGAUUUAUCAAAUGAAUUUAGAUAUGAUGAAAAUAUGGAUAAAAAUAUAUCAAUAGAAAUGUCAUUAGGAGUAAGAAUUGCUUCAUGUAUUACAGGUGUAAAUUGGAAAAGUUUAUGUUUAAAAUUUAAAGAUAGAAUGGAACAAUUAACCUUUUCAGUUGUUAUGAAAAGAUUGGCAACAUUGAGAUCACAACAACAACAAAAUCCUCUUCCUCCUUGUUUGAUUUCAAUUCAUCUAGAUGAGAUUCAAGUAAACACCAAGUUUACUCGUGAAAUUCUAAAUCUUAUUGGUUGUUUUAUGUGCUCAUCAUCGUCGACGAUGACUUCUUCUUCCAAUCAACAAUCAAUGUCUGACGGACAAAUACUCAAUAUCAUCAUUAUACCAAUUCUUACUGGUACCUCUUCAAAGGGAUUGAGACCACAAGCCAAUGAUUCAUAUGGAUUAAAAUCAAUCACCUUGUUACCAUUCACCACCAAAGAAAGUUGGGAUUUUAUGUAUAUGCAUAUUCCUCUUCUCAAUACCGACUAUCUACCAGAGAAUUGUUUCGAUCAUAUACUAAAUAGUAUGGGAGGGAUACCACGUAUCCUUGAUGUCUUUAGAACCAACAUUGGAUUGGAUGUUGAACUUGACCACUUGACCGACCACUUUGUCAAUACAAUGGCCACAAUCGACGAACAAUACCAUGUUUCAUCUCAAUGGAUCAAGGCCUCUGGCUCCAAGGAAAACUUGUUAAAGAUGAUUUCAUGGGUUAUCAACUCAACCCCAAUAGAUCUCUCAACUAUUGUCGAUGAAAAGACUACCAUUGAAGAUAUCAUGAAAUAUGGUAUCAUCUUUAUCAAAGGUGAUCCAAAAGACCCAGACAACAACUAUCUUUCUUAUCCUCUCAUCAUUCUCGAAAUUCUCAAUAGAUUUCUUCACUUUGCCAAUAUCAAUAUAAUUGAGCACGCAACUGCAAUAACAACAACAUCAUUCACUGGAAAUAGUUCAAACAACAACAAGAACACCAGAACCAACAAAUUUAAAUGGAGAUGA